CUCAGUGACUUACGCGGCGCAAGAUGGGGACUUGGCGGCGGGGAAGACUGAACCUCCCAGCAUGCUUUGCAGCCCGGCCGAGAGGCCCGACGUCUAGUGAUGGGGAACCUUUGGUGCUCUACGCCGCCAAAUCGGCUGUAGCUGUUGAGGUUGAGCCCGGGGCCUGGGAAUUGGACGCUCGCAGAGGGGGAAAAUGGAAGCGUGGCGCUGUGUGAGGAGGGGCUACGGCCGCUGUGCGGUGGGGAGAGGCAGAUACCCCAUGUUACCCCAUCACCAGAAGAGUCUGGGCAGAGACUGGACUGCACCGUGGGAGAAUCUGCAAAGGUGUUGCUGGAACAGACAUAUUUCUAGUUGUAUGAGGUGGCCUGGACAUUAUUCUCGUGCUCCUUACCCAUACUUCAGUAGUAGGCAUUUUUCACUAAAUUGGAGACCACCUUGUUUGUUUGAGUCUAGAACUCAGUUUCAGUACUGGAACUGGAGACCUGACAACCUGAGCCAGACAUCUUUGAUUCAUCUCUCUAGUUACAUCAUGAACUCUGAGGGAGAUGAGCCUUCAUCAAAACGAAGAAAACACCAAGGCACAAUAAAACGGCAUUGGGAAGAUGUAUGUAACCAUAACAAAGAAGAAACGAAGAUCCUAGGAGACAAAAAUGAUGACCCCAUAUGUGAAGACAGUGAGAACAAGUUUGACUUUUCAGUGAUGUCCUAUAAUAUACUUUCUCAAGAUUUAUUGGAAGACAAUUCACACCUUUAUAAACACUGCCGGCGGCCAGUAUUACACUGGAGUUUUAGGUUUCCCAAUAUUCUGAAAGAAAUUAAACACUUUGAUGCAGACGUACUUUGUUUGCAAGAAGUGCAAGAAGAUCAUUAUGGAACAGAGAUCAGGCCAAGUUUGGAAUCAUUGGGUUAUCACUGUGAAUACAAGAUGCGGACAGGAAGGAAACCUGAUGGCUGUGCCAUUUGCUUCAAACAUUCCAAAUUUUCCCUCUUAUCAGUGAACCCAGUGGAAUUCUACCGCCGUGAUGUUCCUCUAUUGGACAGAGACAAUGUUGGAUUAGUGUUACUCUUGCAGCCCAAAAUCCCAAGUGCUGCCUCCCCUGCGAUCUGUGUGGCUAACACACAUCUGUUGUAUAACCCAAGGCGAGGUGAUAUUAAACUGACCCAAUUGGCAAUGCUUCUGGCAGAGAUUUCCAGUGUUGCCCAUCAGAAAGAUGGCAGCUUCUGCCCCAUUGUUAUGUGUGGUGACUUUAAUUCUGUUCCUGGUUCUCCACUCUAUAGUUUUAUAAAGGAAGGGAAAUUGAAUUAUGAAGGACUUGCCAUAGGAAAGGUAUCUGGCCAGGAACAGUCUUCACGGGGACAAAGAAUUUUAUCUAUUCCAAUUUGGCCCCCAAACCUAGGUAUCUCACAGAACUGUGUGUAUGAGGUACAGCAGGUACCAAAAGUAGAAAAGACAGACAGUGAUCUGACACAAACACAGCUGGACAAAACAGAGGUCCUAGUAACAGCUGAAAAAUUAUCUUCAAAGUUACAGCACCAUUUCAGCUUGUCAUCUGUUUAUUCACAUUAUUUUCCUGACACUGGAAUUCCAGAAGUGACCACCUGUCAUUCCCGAAGUGCCAUAACUGUGGAUUAUAUUUUCUAUUCUGCUGAAAAGGAAGGUGUUGCUGGGCAGCCAGGAGCCGAAGUUGCUUUGGUUGGUGGCUUGAAACUUCUAGCUAGACUGUCACUUCUUACAGAACAAGACUUAUGGACUGUUAAUGGACUUCCAAAUGAAAAUAACUCUUCGGAUCAUCUGCCUUUAUUGGCUAAAUUCAGACUUGAGCUCUGACUCUUCUUUGAUUACAUAUAUACUGUGCUUAUGUUCUUAUAUUUAUGUUCUUUUUCAAAGAAUAUAAAGUUGUACUUAAGAGUUUGCAUGUUACUUAUUUUUACGCUAUGGAAUUUCUGAAGAGGUUAUGUUAAAUGCUUGAAACAGGUAGCAGAAGAAACAAGUUUACAACAAUUUUCUUUUUUU